GUUCUACUGGGUCUUGUAAUCCUGAACACAUUAAAUAAAUAUGAAAGUAUCAGAAAUACAAGAAAUUUCACAACCUGACCGUGUCUCCCCUUGAUACAAAGCAAGUUUAUUUUAAAAAAUAUGUUAUAACAACACAGUUGGCCAAAGCGCCGUACACCACAAACACAUAAAAAACAUUAAAAUGAACAUUAGUCAGAAGACAAGGAGAAAAAAUGUGAUUUCUGAAAAUAUUUGAAAACAGGAAGUGACAUCAUAGGCUCUCUGCAGAUGACGCAGUCAACACUUUAUCCUGAACCACCUCAAACCACCCAGAGACGUGUAUCUUAUUGGUGGACUUCUGCUCAGCCUUCAACCCAAACAUCCUCAACCAGAAUCUCACCCAGUUCACAGUGAUGGAGGUUAUUAUAGUGAACUAAAGCUAAUGAGAUCAGAAAACCUGAAACUGAGAAAACUUUUUAAACAAAAACACUAAGUAAUGGGGAAAAACUACAACCAACUGGAACUUCAUUGUUCAUUUAUAAAACUAACUAUAGAUGUGAUAUCUUUUAUUUUCAUGUUUCUAAAUCAUUUUGGAUUUUUUGAAAUUUUGAACUAAGCUUGUUUUUCUUUUACAGUCUAACCAUGAAGCUUUGAUAAUUAGAAAUGACUCCCAAAUUGUGUCCAAAUGCUGUGAAUUGAUUUUAUAAAAAGUUACAGGGAGCAAAAGCAGAUUUAAUAAUUAUUGUGUUUCAGAUAUUUGUGGUUCAGCUGUUAAAUGUAAAAAUAGUCAGAAAUCAGAAACAACUUUUAGGUUUUAUUCUUAACAUGUGAAACUGAAAAAUACAUAUUGAACUCGCCACAUUGAGUUUAGGAACCUUUCAGUAAUUUCUCAAAGAAACAAUGCUUGAACAGUUUAAAAACAGAAAAAAGCUCAGAAGAAAAACACUGAAAUACAAAUCAGUCAAGACUCUGAAACUUUGCAAUUUAAAUCAAGGCAUUUGAGCAGAUUGUUUGUUCUCAGGUGUUCAGGUGUAACUUUGUGAUGUUUGUUAUCGAGUUCUCAGAGAAGGGUUUUGCCUAAAUAAUGGCUGUCUAAAGUGCAGAGUGGGUUCAUUUGUGGCCUCUGAACAGAUUAUAUGUUCAGUUCACAGUUCACUUCUGAAAAGUUUUAUUUCACAUUACAAAAUGUUUGUUCACCACUGACCUGGAUGUGUUGCACAUCAUGUUCUUAGUGCUUGAUUAAUCAAACACGUUUCACAUAUCAGGAUCAAUAAGUUAAUUAUUUAUUCAAGAAAAUGAAAUCAGCAACAAUUUAGAGCUGACUGCCACCAAUGUUAGCAGAAUGAUAAUGACACUGAAACUGGACUAAACCCAACAUUGUCACCAAGAUGUAACUCAGUAUGAGCUAAAGGCUACCAAUAUGCUAAUUAGUUAUUUGCAAGGCAAACAAUGCGAGCUACCACAAUGCUCAACAUUUGCAUCAAUAAUUUAAAUAAACACAAAGUUUGUUUGCACAAAGUUAGUUCACAUCAGGUAAUUAAUCCUCAAACCACAUUUUAAUUUACUGUUACAUGCAGACAUUAACAUCCAAGCAGAUAAGAGACGAGGUUUUAGUGCUUUUAUCUCCUUUCUAAGGUAAUUCUGACCUUCAUCAAUAAAAAAUGAUUUCUGUCACUUGAUCCAAAUCUCUGCAGCAAGACUCUAAAGAGAAACAAACAGAAGAGCUCUCAUAUUUUCCUGUUUUCAUUUCUUUCAACUGGUUCAUUUUUAAAUCCUGACUAACUUUCAAAUUUGUACAUGUGAGGAUAUAAUAUGCUGAAAGAAAUUAUACCAAGAGAGGUAAAAAAAAAUUUUUAAUGGAAAAUAAAAAAAGACAUUAACAAAGAGAAAGUACUUUAUAAGCUGACCUUUCUGAGCUUUACAUCAUGCUAUGAUGUUUUCCCCUUGUCUAAAACACAACUGGAGUGUUGCUUUGAUUCUUUAUUGCACAUUUAAAUCUUUUAAUCUCCAUGGCAACCGUUCAGCUUUUCAAAAUGCCUGGAGGGACCCAACCCUGCCUUUGAGGCACAUCUCCUCCUUAGAGCUGCAAUUUCCAAGCUUCAUAGCUUAGACCCCAUGGAGCAGCCCUCCCCCACUCAGCUCCUUCAGACUAGCCAGCAGCAAUUAGCAAACAUUUGGUGUAACAGAUCAGCUGACUUCAAUAUAUGAUGAACCAUGGCAAAAAUGGGAGAAUAAGAAGAAAAACACCAUCAAUUUUUGAAAAAAUAUUGAUUUUUGUUUGUUUUUUUGUGAAAUAUACACCAAAUACUUUACAUGGCAGUUUUAGAGAUUUAGUAAACUUUAUGUUUGUAUUCGGAGGGAAUGCUCAGCUUAUAUCAGUGGCACUAAAAAUCCACUGAGACACAAAAACUGUCCAGAAGAGAUGAAUAAUUAACCCUGUAGGAAACUAAAAAUAGAUUUAUUGUUUCUCACAGUUUGCAAAGAAAACGUUAUUUUCUUAAAAUGAAUGUUUGUCUGAUCAAAUGUAAAUGCAGUCCAUAAAAACAGUAAACAGAAUAAGGAGGGUAUAAAGUGUUAUGACCUGCCAAGGUGUGGCCAUCCUGGCUCUAAACAUCUUAUAAUGUUUAUUAUUUAAAAUGUAUUUGACAUGAGAUGUUGCAACAAUAGGAGAGUGAGCUUUAAUGCUGAAAAUAACAAACAAAAGAAAACUAUGUUAAAAUGAACUAAGACUUACUAUUUGAACAUAUAUAAACCAAAUGAUGAAGGUUUACCUUCCUAAAUAAAAUGAAGAGAAAACUAUGUGCAAAAAUAAAUGGCAGCUCACUCCUACAAACUCGUUUAAAUAUUUGCAAAGCAUCACGUUGUCGUCUCCGGUCUUUAGAUGUUUGCAUAAUCAAAGCUUCUUACGACAGCAGCCGUCACAAAGGUUACCUGAUGAUCCGAUCUUUGUUUAGCAGAACUGACUCGUUCAUCAUGUUGCUCUCUGUGCUGCUGCUGGUGAUAAUAAGCCAUACAGAAGCUGCUUAUUAUGGCACUGUGCUUUCAUACACCACUAAAGAUGUACAAGGAGACAGAUUUACAGUUGUGCGUCGCUACAAGAUUGGCUACAGCUCAUGUGAGGAGACUCAGUCAUGGUUGUGUCCUUGCUGUCCUACGAUUGAUGAAAGCAGAGGUGAAUGGUGUCUGAGAGAUUAUACUUGGAAGUGGACAGAUCCAAUUUUUAUCUACCGCUAUAAUAGUUGGGAUACUGGAACCUGGAUAAACAACAGAAACCGUGUUUUAACUGGGAGAUUUGAGAUACUAUAUGACCUGAGAAAACGAUCCGACAUCAACAGACCAAAUUCAUCCCCACAGACCGGCAUCAUCCCUGUUGUGAGAGUUCCCUCAAACUGUCAGAGGAAUAUCAACUUGUUGACCUUUGACCCUGAUGGAGAUAAUGUUAGAUGCAGAUAUGCAGCUGGAUCAGAGUGCUACACCUGCACACCUCCGUCUGUCCUCAGUCUCUCAUCAUCUUGUUCUCUAUCAUUCAGUCCAACCAGCAGCAACGUUGAAGGUUUGUAUGCAGUUCAGCUGGUGAUGCAGGAUUUUCCCAGACGGACCAUCACUCUGACUUAUUACGAUGGUUCAACAUAUUCACUGAGCACCAUCAGCUACUACUUCAGCGAAAUCCCUGUCCAGUUUGCUUUCAAAGUGGAUCCUGCAGCUCCGUCCUGCACAGCAGGUGAAUAUCUGCCCAGGUUUCUGCCUCCAACUCCUGAACAUGGAGCUCAGUUCUUCAUAGACGUUAAUGAGACGAUAGAAAUCAACAUCACAGCAGAGGCGACUCAGUCUGAGAUCACUGAGCUCCUGUUCAGCGGACCGUUCAACAUGGUCAAGAAUUCAUCUGGUUCAGGAAAUUUCACCCUGACAUGGACGCCGUCUGCUAUUGAUGAUAAAGAAAGCCACCCCAUCUGUUUUGUUGUCCAGGCAAGUGCCUCCAGUUCUAUCUACCAGUCUGAGCUGGGAUGUGUCAUUGUGACGGUUGGAAACGAUGUGACUUCUACACCUGUUGCUGCAACAACCGUCCAUUUGACAACCACUAGUCCUGUCAACACAUCAACAGCUUUGAAUGCAACAACCGUCCCUUUGACAACCACUAGUCCUGUCAACACAUCAACAACUUUGAAUUUGACGACUGUUGUUGCAACGACUGUUCUUCGGACAUCUACAAGUCCUCCUCCAGAAACAUCUCGUCUUACGGUUCUGAAGCUGAAGAUCUCGACUACGCUGUCACUGAAAGACAAUAAAGAUAAAAUCGAGAAAGCGAUUAAAGAUGAACUGAUCAGACGAGGGCUGCGUCCAGACAUAAAGGUCCGCCUGCUGAGCGACGGUUCAGUGAAGGUUAAUAACUAACCGCCCCCUAGUGGCUAACAAUGAGAAUGAAUCUGAUCCAUGCAGUAAAAUAUGGCCGGGUUUAUCUGUUUUAAAUGUAGGAAUUUAUGGUUGUCUUAGGUAAUGGGACUAAACUUAGUUAUGACAUUAAUCAGAAAAAGCAAAGUGAAAUUUUAUAUCUGUUUGAAAAUCUAUAUAAAAUAUGCAUACUUCAAAAAGAUAAAUUAUGAUUGUUUAUCAGUUACUAAUAAGAUAAUGAACAGACAAAAAUGUGAAUAAAAUCAAUAUUUAUGGCAGUUAUUUACUGAGGGUUUGGUAUUUCUUUAUUACCAUCUUCCAUGUGUAACAUUUAUACCUGUGAGGUUUUUAUUGAUCUUAAUAUCAUGUCAUUUUCUGCAUGUAUUGAUAAAUAAUGAAGAUGGAUUUUUACUAUGUAUAAUAGGGACGUUUUUGCAUUAGUUGCUUUUCUCUGUGAAGCAUGGGAAAGUAAACAGCGACUUCUUUAUCCUGGUUGAGUUGAAAAUGUAAUGGUAUUUCUGUGGAGCUCGUGUUUCGUAUGC